AAUCUAAAGAGUCAGACUAAAAACCAACUUCGAAAGGAAACCGUUUAUGUCGCCGAUAUGGCGGCCGCUUCGCCACCUUUCCCUUCUUCUUCCUUCAGAAAUCCUACAAUUUCCAAUCUCACCUCCCUUAAACCCUCCUCCAUUCUUGUUAGCUCAGGACGGAGUCGUUUCCGGUGCCAGAUCAGUAGCUUCGACAACCAACCUCCACAUUGGAGCCUUGAUUUCCUAUCAAGACCCGAACCCAUCCACCUGAUCCAAAACCCUUCUUCAAUGUCAAUGCCCGCCGCUUCCGGCUCUGAUUCCGCCGCCAAGAUCGUCAAAAAGGUCUGCCUUUUCUACUCCCCCGAGACCAAGGCUCUCGCUGACAGAGUCGCCUCAGAAUCCGAUUCCAUUGAGCUUCGCAGCAUCAACUGGAGGACGUUUGAAGAUGGAUUCCCCAACUUAUUCAUACCUAAUGCUCAUGGAAUCCGUGGACAGCAUGUAGCUUUUCUGGCCUCAUUUAGUUCGCCAGGAAAGAUUUUUGAGCAGCUCUCGGUCAUCUAUGCAUUGCCGAAAUUGUUUAUCUCCUCCUUCACAUUGGUGCUUCCAUUUUUCCCUACUGGAACUUCUGAGCGUAUGGAGGAUGAAGGAGAUGUCGCCACCGCUUUUACUCUCGCUAGGAUUUUGUCUAACAUACCAACUUCGAGAGGAGGACCUACCAGCUUAGUGACUUUUGAUAUCCAUGCUCUGCAGGAGAGAUUCUAUUUUGGUGACAACAUAUUACCAUGCUUUGAGAGUGGAAUUCCUUUGCUUAAAAAUAGGCUUCAACAGCUACCUGAUUCGGACAAUAUAUCCAUUGCUUUUCCUGAUGAUGGUGCAUGGAAACGAUUUCAUAAGCAGCUGCAACAUUUUCCAACGGUAUCAUAUAUUUCAGCAUUUUAGAAAGUCUUUUGGCCAAUCAUAAUUUUUUAUCAUGCAUCUAGUCUUUGAUUUUUUCUUCACACUAUUUAUUCUUUUGGAAAAAUUAUGAAAAACUGAUCCAAGUAGUUUGAUUUCUUUCUCAUCUCUUCUAAAGAAGUUGAAAGUAGAUCAAAUUAGAUUUUGAUUUGACUACUUUGUAUUGUACUGCAGUUGGUUGUGUACAGUAUAUGGGGAGAAAUAUUGGAGUAGAAACAUGUAUUAUAAACAACAAUGAAGUUCUUAUUUGUUCAAUAAACCAUAAUGAAUCGAAAUGGAAGUGAAGCCAAAUGAGGAGUUGCAUCUAACCAUAUCUGUCACAUUGCCCAUACAUUUCACCUUUUUACUGCACAAUAGCCUCUUUUUUUUUAUUAACUGCACAAUAGUUUGUGUUAUUGUGUAUAUGGAUGCUGGCACAAUGUCUUAUAUUGGUGUGUAGAUCAUUUGUAAUAAAGUUCGGAUUGGAGACCAACGGAUUGUGCGUAUCAAGGAGGGGGAACCUGCAGGACGGCAUGUUGUGAUUGUUGAUGACUUGGUUCAAUCAGGUGGCACUUUGAUUGAAUGUCAGAAAGUGUUAGCCGCCAAUGGAGCAGCAAAAGUUAGUGCCUAUGUGACACAUGGAAUUUUUCCUAACAGAUCAUGGCAACGCUUUGAGCAUGAUAAUGGAGGACAUCCUGCCAAUGGGCUGACCAACUUCUGGAUUACCGAUUCAUGCCCUUUGACAGUGAAAGAUGUUAUAAACAAAGCUCCAUUUGAAGUUCUUAGCCUUGCCAGCUCCAUAGCAGCCGCUCUUCAGAUAUAAUAGUACUUUAGAAGUCACUAACAGAUUAUAAUAACCAUUCUGCCCCAUAUCCAAUAAAUAUUUUUGGUCUCCCUAUAGAGAAGUUAUGAGAUCAUGAUCUUCAAGGCGGCUUCACUCAUGUUAAGCAACUUUUGCUUUUAAAGAACCAAACGUUAUAUUCUAGGGUGUUUCGCAAAGUGUUUGCUGGAACUACAGCAUCAAAGUGAAUGUGCAGAAAUAUAAAAGUCAUUGUGUA